GUAAUUCCUGCCGCGCGCAUAUCGAAAUUUCGUCUACUCUCGAAGCAAAUCUAUCCCUCAUCGACACCACCAUAAAUUUCACUAGUGCUGCUCUCCGUAGGAAAAUAUUGUACUAAAGGAUUACGUGUCUGUCGAAUAAGUCGCAGGAUUGCGCGCCAAGAAUUUUUUAAACUUCGUACAAACAGUACUGCCAGUACCAGGAAAUGCCUCAAAACAACAAUAAAAUAUGCAUGUCUCCAAAGGAUAUCACAAAAGAUGUUUACAUUGACAAGCCUGAUAGUGGAUGCAAUUGCUGGGUUUCACAAGGAAUACGAAAUUAUCCAACAAGAAAACUCACCACUGCAAUGAUAGUCGAUGAAAGAGAAAUAGAUAUGUUUUUACAGUUUUUAGAUGAAGAUCCGGUAAUCCAGGAAUUUCUCAAGAAUGAUACUUGUUCAAAACUUGCUGAUAAAUACCUCCUGGCCAUGGUUUUCACUUACUUCAAACGAGCCCAGUAUGCUCCACAGGAAUUCACACGCUAUAAUUUCUUUGUUGCAUUAUUCCUGGCCCAUGACACAGAAGAAGAUGAUGAAGAUAUAAAGUGUGAGCUGUACGUGUGGACCUUCGGAUUUCACUGGCAGUGGCAGUAUCAAGAGUUGCUUACAAGCAGAGAAACUCUCUGGAAGGUUAUUGGCCAUCGUGGUAUUGUCAGCAGAGCAUGCUGUGAAAAGGUAAUGUCGCUCCAGCCAAACCAUCCUAUAUGGCAGAGGAACAGAGCUGAAAUUCAUGCUGGGGCUAACCGACCAUAUGAUGAAACAAGUGAAUCUGCUUGCUCCAGCUGUUGUAAACUGAAAUCCGUCAUUAAGACCACUGAUUCUGACGUCUUUGAAAGUAGCGAUGAUACAGACAGCAUUAGCAGUGACAAUCUCAGAGAGAUUUCUCAGUCACCAGUCAACAUCUGUGAAGUGUUCAUGAAUGAAUAGAUGAUAAGAAUGGAACCAGUUAUGAAAAUUCAGUUACAUCAAAAAUCCAUGACCACCUCCAUGCUUCUGAAAAGAAGUCAACUGAACAAAUAUUACAGUUAAUGAACCCAGAUUUUAAUUACAACCUGUUGUUUAAUAAUUUUUUUCAAUGUCAAUUAAAGUAAUGUUUUCAUAUUGUAUAGAAUAUGAUGAAUUUGAAUUCGUGCAAAUUGUCACAAAACGUCCUUUAAAGAGACCAAUUACACCAACAGGCAGUUUCAGACAUUUGAUAUGAAUAAAUGCUCUAGACACAGUUUUAAUAUUCCAAAUUCACAGCACUGAUAAAUAUGAAUGAAGUUUCUUUUUAAUUAUAAACCAAUAAUAUGUUCACAUUACUUUAUUAUAUAAUAUUUUAUAAAUGUGAAAUUCUACGAACUCAUCAGACUUUAACAAUUUGCCCAAAAUCAACAAACAUUAAUAAAAGUGUCUAUACGACAGGGUCUGAAUGACCAUGUUCGCAAAAUAUUAAUUAAAAAAUACUUUAGUAUGCAACACCUAAAGUUAACAGCUAAGCUGAUUUUAAUUUUUAAAAAUCUGAAGCACCCAGGUUUUAAAUGUAAAUAUGCAAUCUUGCAACAGAGUACAAUAGAAUGUCAUUUAUCUGAAUUAAUUAAAUGUGGAUGUUAUGGGAUUUACUGAAUAACCAGACAACAGUUGUACCAAAUAAAUGAACUAAAGUUUUCUGUACAAUUUGAGAUAGAUUUAGUUCAUAAUGUGUAGAUAAUAAGAAAAUAAUUAAUGAACUGGAUGUACAAAGAUGCAAAAAUUUGCAUUUUAUAUUUAACCCAAGAAUGAAAAUGUUUUGUUUAAAUUAAUUUUGAUUCUUAAAUGAUCGUUUUUCACCCAUCGCUUUACUGUAUCUAGACGUCGGAGUAUGUACUAUGUUCACUUUUAAAAUCUUGCCUAAAUUUACUCUAGAUCAGGCACCUCAUAUGGAAAUACUUUGAUAGCGUUGAAUAAAGGUUUAUAAGCUGUCAUUAAACUUGUGCAUAUUUUCCUACAUCUGAUAAUUUAUAAUAUUUAAAAACACACAUUUCAUAAGCUGGUUCUGCUUCCAUAAUCAUGUGAAACCAUACAACAUAAUCACUUGGGGCCACUGAAAAGAGCUAGUAUCAAACAAUGUGUUUUAAACACGUUCUGCGUUGCUUUAAUUAAUAGACAAAGAACAAUGUCCAAGAAUAUUCAUAAUUUUAAUCUUUAUAUCCUGUUACCAUUGUCAUCAUUUAUAUAAUAUGAAUGCAUACCUGAAUUUUAAAUCAGUAUUUUUUUAAGUGUCAUAUGUUCAUUGUUAUUGUGUUAGUCUGUUCAUGUUUUCAAUUUAUGAGUGUAAGAAAAAUAGUAAUUUAAAUGUAUAGUUUAUAAAGACUGAAUUUAAAAUGUUACUGUUUUAAACUAGUAAUAAAUAGUUACCCAUGUAUACAUACAGUAUUACUGUUGGUUUAAAAUUUGUGGGAAAACAAAUAUAAUUUUGCCAAUUUCACUUUCCUGGUACCUGCAUCUUGUCGUGGUCGUGGGGCUUGA